AUGUCUCAACGCAAGUUCCUAAACAAACUACAAGAUAAACUUGUCCUCGUAUUCGGAGGUACCUCCGGAAUAGGGUACGCGGUUGCUGAGGCCGUGCUCGAACAUGGAGCAAAGCUCAUCAUAUCCGGAUCAAACCCGGACAAGCUGGACAGAACCGUUAAUCGUCUGCGAAAGUCUUACCCAGAUGUCAAAGACGGUCAAAUUGUGACUCUAGUCAAUGACUUGACUCAAAUCGACAUUCUAGAAAAUAGACUGCGGGAACAGUUUCACGAUGUCGUGUCAGAAAACGGAGGGCAAAAGAUCGACCACAUCGUCUAUACUGCUGGCGACUCUUUGAACGUUGGCAACGGGAUUUCUGACGCGGAUAUCAAAUAUAUCAAUUCUGUGAUGACUGUUAGAGCCUAUGCGCCUAUCUUUAUUGCCAAGGUCAUUGCAACGUCGGACUUUGUCAGUAAAUCGGCUGCAACCUCUUUCACGAUUACUUCUGGGACCGCUCACAUACGUCCGCGCAAGGCCUGGCCGGUUGUAUCCAUGCUGUCAGGUGCCUGUCAAGGUCUAGUUAAGGGAUUAGCAUACGAUCUAGCACCAAUCCGCGUCAAUGUCGUCAACCCAGGCUUGUUCCAAACAGAGUUGGCCAGUAAAUGGCCUGCUUCAGCCCUCGAAAAGGCGAAAGGAGAUACGUUGACGAAGAAGAUAGGACAGGCAGAAGAUAUUGCAGAGGCAUACUUGUAUUUCAUGAAGGAUGCCUCAGUAGAUGGAAUUUCAAUUGUCUCUGAUAAUGGCAAGGUUUUAUUCUAG